CCGCCGCCGCAGAAGAUGACCGAGAAGGGCGAGAAGGACGGCGACGCGCAGAUGACGGGCGGGGGCCAGGGCAGCAAGAGCGACAAUGAUGGCGAGGCGAAAGGCAAGGGCGGCAGGGGCGGUCGCCGAGGUGGCAGGCGCCGCGGGCGCGGGCGCCACAGCGACAAGACGCUUCAGAGCUCGUUCAGGCUGCGGCUGGCGUCGGGGGCCACUAUCGACACCCUCGCGCUCUCCGCGCAGCGCCGCGCCGAGGCGUUGCGAGAGGUGGGCGGCCCAGUGGCGAGCAUGGCAAUCGGCCUCCUACAGAGUCUGAAGGAAUGCGACGUCGGCGGGAAAGCGAGACUCGAUAUCGACGAGUACCUGGGCCAGGUGAUGCCGCCAGGCGAAGCCGAGCCCACGAUGGCAAGAACGAGUAUCGAGCUGGACGCGGCGGCGAUCCGCGUCGAGACGUGCCACGACGAAGAGAUAGUGAAACUCCAGGUAGCAGCGCCAGCGUGGCCGAUGAGGGGAACGGGAGCGGCCCUGCGCCGCGCCGGUGCAGCCCCGCCUGGUUGGCUGGAAGACGAGAUGGCAAAUUGGCUCGACGUCUUGACCCAGUAG